UGUAACAUACAAGUUAUUUAACUUUUAGAAUGAUCCUCAAAACGUACAAAUUUACGCGACUUAUUAAUAUUAGUGGACUUGUAUUGUUUUUAAAUUUAAGGAUUGGUCACAUGAUUUCUGAAGUUUCGCUAGAGUGUGGUUCUUGGAAUUUUAAUUCAUCUGACCCUGCUCAUUCUCACGCCCCAUGGUCAGCCUUCCUCAUUGGAACAAACGCGAGUAAAGUGAUUCCGGCCCUGCUCGUAUCGCCAUCACUUUUGUUAAUAUCCGUGAAUAAUUUCGCAAAGGGCACCGAAAUCAAGUCAGUUCCACCCUUUGAGACUUACAGUGCUGUCGUGGGGUCACAGAAAUGGGGAGCUGAGGACGAAAACAGUGUUACCAUGAAGGUAUCGCACAUGUCGAUGGACCCAAGUGUAAAAUCCAGACCGGCCGCAAGUUUGAAAAAUGUCGUGGUUCUCGUCUACCUGGAUGCCCCGCUGACACUGACGACUCGUAUAAAGCCGAUAUGUUUACCUGACACGGAAAUGUUCGAAGCCACCCAACUGACCGACAAGACCGCUCCAAACACGUUUAACCUCGUCGGAUGGGCAAAGAAUGGCACGGUUCAGUUAAACAUGAAACUGCGCCUGCUUAACUAUUGGACAUGCAUGUUUUCCUGGAUCCUUCCAGGGAUUGUUCUUCCAUACGAUGACACAUUUUGCGCCACAGUAGACGAAGGAAUGGAAAAUUGUAUUUAUUGGGGCGUCGGUCCUGCCCAACUAAUAAACGGAUCGUCUUACUAUUCCAUGGGUCAAAUUAAUAAUAACAAACCAAUGGAAAGUUGUGGACCCAGGAAGAAAUAUUUUUUCGAGGUUUGGAGGCGUGAAACUUUAAGCUGGUUGCGGACCAGCGAGAGCUGCAACUUAACGGAAUUUUCAUGCGGGGAUGGAACAUGUCUGUCAAAAGAUAAACUGUGUAACCGGCAGGUCGAAUGUUUAAACGGUAUUGAUGAAAACGUACAAUUAUGUGAGCGCAACUUUAAAUGUGGCGUGGGAGAAGUUUUCUGUGGUCGUAAUUCCGAACCACGAUGCAUUUCUAGUGAUCGAUUAAACGUUGGAAGAAAUGCUUGUGACGGCGGACAGGACGUGACGAUAAAAGACACAUUUGAUGAGACUUCCGAAGUUACAAGGAAGCCAAAAUUCGAUUUCAUUUUGGUGUCAAUCGUCCUCGUCGUGGGAACUAUUGCAGCCGUAGUCUAUAUUAUAGCCAGAUAUAUUUCCAGACAAAUGACGAUAUUGGAUGAACCCUCUAAAACUUCUGCCUUGACAGAUGUUGAAUCAGACAGUGACUUACAACCCAUAGAAUUUUCUGCCGAAUUCACCUCUCCUCUCUCAGAACAAACUAUUCCAUCACCUUGGAAAUCAAUUAGCUCCCUAAUCUGCAAAGGAACCAUUGGAAAGGGCUCGUUCGCCAAAGUGUACAAAGCCAUCGACACAAAAGACUUUCACGAAUGUGCCGGAUUCGCCAUAAAAUGUGUCGACAUUCCCAAAGCUGUGGCCACAUUUCGAUCCUUCAGCGCCGCGUCGGUGCAAGGCUUCGGUGCUCACCAGUUGUCCAAUCUGGCUACCGAAAUCGAUAUUCUGGACAAACUGAGCUGCGAUAACAUCAUCCGAUACUAUGGAUGUUGGGCAGAGGCUGCGGACUGCAAAACGGCGCCAUUAGACAGAUCCCGCCUGAUCAGUUAUCUGAGCCAGGACCACUGGUUGCAGUCGGCUUCGUCCACGUACGAAUUUCCCAUGAGUUACAUCUUCAUUCGAAUGGAGCUUUGCGAUUCCACGUUGCAAAAUUUGCUAGAAUUGGGACACAUUGGAAGAACGGGAUUUGAAUUUGAACAUAUCAUGAAGCAAAUUGUAGCCGGGUUGAAGUAUUUGCAUGGAAAGAAGAUCAUUCAUCGAGAUUUGAAGCCUAGCAAUAUUUUCUGCAAGAUGGAAGCUACUGGCGGGGCAGUUUGGAAAUUGGGAGAUUUUGGCCUCGCGACGCGACAGAGUGACCAACCCGGGGGGAAUAUGGCUGUUGUGGGGACAAAGAUUUACUCCAGUCCAGAAAUGCUGGCAGAUUUAGGCUACACGACACAGACGGAUAUGUACAGUUUGGGCCUUAUCCUUGCGGAAAUGAGCCAUAAUCAUGGAACCUGGAGUAAGGGGGGCAGAUUCAAUCUUUUUAAUAAGCUGAGAAAUCUUGGUGAUAAGGAGAGACACAAGGAAAUUGACAGACAUACGAAGGAUAAUUGUAAAUCGUUUGUGGAAGCGAUAAAUUCAUUGCUAAAGACAAGACCUAGUUUGAGAUUGACUUGUGAAGCGUUAGAUUUACGGAUUACUCAAAUAAUGCACGUGCGAAUGGAACCAAUGUGAAGAAGUGUUUUUAUGAAGAUAGUUACAUGCAUAUAUGUACAUAGACAUUUAAAGUAAAUAUAUAUCGAAUAAUUUAAAUAUCGUUUAAAUAAAGAAAUACAAUUCCAUUUAUGA